GUCGUGGUCGUCGUCAUGGCGGCCAUGAGCUCGUUGCUGCGGGCCUGUGUGGGAGCGGGCCCGUGGGCCCGUGGGCUGGGGGGGUCCGUCCUCCUCCCCCUCCCCCUCCGGCGGUGGCGGCGGCGGCCCCCCUCCCCGGGGUCGGUGGCUCCAGUACGUCAUAGCGGCGGCCAUGGUAAAAGAAUGUUCAUCAUUAAGCCCUCACACUUUUAUGACAACCGUUUUUUGAAUUUGUUGAAAUUCUAUAUUUUGUUGACUGGGAUUCCCGUUGCGGUCAUCAUAACUCUGGUGAAUGUGUUCAUUGGUGAGGCCGAAUUGGCCGAAAUUCCUGAAGGCUAUGUCCCAGAGCACUGGGAAUAUUUCAAGCACCCCAUAACCAGAUGGAUCACUCGUAAUUUCCUGGAGAGUCCGGAAAGGAACUACGAAAGGACACUUAAUAUCCUGCAAAUAGAAUCUGAAAAGGCUGAACUGAGGUUAAAGCACCUGGAAGUACGCAGACUGAUGCGACAAAGAGGAGAUGGACCCUGGUAUCAUUAUCCGACCAUCGAUAAGGAGCUUAUUGAUUACUCUCCAAAAUCAGCACCCGACAACUAACCUGUUAGUUCUUUAUCAUUCAAAUCUAUCACCUCGAAUGACAAAAUAAAUUAACUCUGUGAUAGACUUA